AUGGAUCCCAAGCUAACGGAGGUGUCGCAGUACUUCGAGCGAUUCAAAGCGGCUUGUGUGAGGGAGGAUAUCGAUACCUCUGCCAAUCUGCUGUCUCAGCUUAAGGUCUCGUUGACUAGCUUCAGAAGCCUUCCACCUUUGUUCGAAGUUACUCCAAAUUCUGUUCAAGAAUUGACGAUAGCGAGAGAUAUUUAUGAGCAUGCUGUACUUCUAAGUGUGAAGAUGGGGGAUCAGGAUGCCUUUGAAAGGGACUUCUUUCAGCUGAAGCCCUAUUAUACAGACGCCCGUAAACGCCUACCACCAUCUCCUCAAGAACACAUGAUAUUGGGCCUCAACCUUUUGAGACUCCUUGUUCAGAAUAGAAUUGCUGAAUUCCAUACUGAACUAGAACUGCUGCCAGCCGAGUCUCUCGAGGAUCCUUGCAUCAAGCAUGCCGUGGAGUUGGAGCAGUCAUUCAUGGAAGGGGCAUACAACCGUGUGUUGACUGCAAAACAAACUGUUCCAAACCAGAGCUAUGACUACUUCAUGGAUCUUUUGGCAAAGACUGUCAGGGAUGAGAUAUCUGGGUGCAGCGAGAAGGCAUAUGACUACCUUUCAAUAAACGAUGCCCGCCAAAUGUUGCUCUUCUCUUCCGAUAAUGAACUCUUGCAAUACAUUAAUGAGGAGCAUCCGGAGUGGGAAAUAAAAGAUGGGUCUGUCGUCUUCCAGAAAGCAAAGGAAACUGCACCUUGCAAGGAGAUCCCGUCUCUACAACUUAUCAACCAGACGCUCAGCUAUGCCCGAGAGUUGGAGCGGAUUGUUUAG